UCAAAAGUCAAACCUUGGUCAACUUUUUCAACUUAAAGCUUCCAAAUUGAGAAUUACUCUAUUAACUCAAUUCCAAACUAUUCGAAAAUAAAAACCAACCAUGCAUGCAAGUUAUAAUACACCAUAAGAAGCAGCUCGAAUUCUCAAAUCAUAGAACGAGAUGCUAGAACUUAAAAUGACUGAUCAGGUUAUUACGCAUUGAUGUAUCAUCUAUGUCAGGCAAGUGAGCAUCAAACGGAUUGGAGGUAUUUAUAAUAUCAAUUUUGAACAAGUUCAAGUGUUCACUUGAAAAUUCGUGGAGUAAAGGGCCGGGAUUUUGAAUUGGUAUAAUUACAUGUAUCUAUUAGACUAUUCUGCCUUGUUAAAAAGCUAAAUAAAUAUGUACUAAUCAAUAAAAUGCAGAACAGAUAAAAAUAAAUUUAAAACAACAAAGAAAAAAAAUAAGAAGCAGAAAACGAGAAGUCCAACGAAGAAGUCUCCCCGCCGCAGAAGGUCAGGAACAGCAUAUUCCCGCCCAAUAAAAUGCCUCUGUUUCCUUCAUAUUUUGCUACCCCUCAACCAUUCUUUCUGAUUCUGUCUGAUAUCAAUCCGUUACAUCAUCGCCUCUUUCCUCCUUCUAACCGUCGAGCUCAUAAAGGCCUAAAAUAUUAAUUACUAACUCGUUGAAACAAAGGCAAUUUUCUCAAUCGGUGUUUUCCUGAUCUGAACAGACCAUUCGAUCCAUUGUUUGGAAAAAAUGGGAGCAUGUGCAAGCAAGCCUAAGGUCUUAGAAGGUACCGCUCCCGGAAAAGUUCCGGCGCCGGAAGUGGCCUCCAGCGGUAAUGUAGCUGAUGUGGCGGCGGAAGAAGGAAUUGUGGGUGAUGAUAAACGCCAGUCUCUCGGUAAUUUGUUCAAGGAGAGUGAAGAAGGGAAAAACUCAGAACAAGUGAAAAAGGAGACAUCUACCACACAAGCUUCUGAACCAUCGGAACCCCAGACAGAAGAAGUUGUGACGGCACUUGAUGCCCAUAUAACGACUGACACAACAAAAGCACCAGAAGUAGAGACCCCAGAUGCUAAAACAUCGGUUGAAAAGGCAACAGAAGAAGUAAAAUCAGAAACCGAGACUCCUACAGAGCAGAAAGUGGAGGAAGAAAACUCAGAAACAGAGACGAAUAUUGAGCAAGUAAAAUCUGAAACAGAGGGCACAGAGGCUUCUGCAGAGAAGAAAGAAGAGGAAGUAAAAGAAGCAGUGGAGACUCAAGCAGAGAAGAAAAUAGAAGAAAAUCCCGUAACAGAGGCAACAAAAUCUGAAGCUCUAGUAGAGAACAAAACAGAAGAGAAGCCAGCUACGGAGGCAAAGAAACCUGUCAUUGAAGAAAAGAAGUCAGGCAAAUUUUGGUGGGACAAGUAAAUCAUAACGCAAAUGGUUCCUUAAUUACUUGAAGGGUUGCAUGUGUGAUUAAUUCAGAUGGUAUGUCACUGAUUUCAUGUUGAACAAGUUGUUAUGAGCAAAAAUUAAUAUUUCAUUGUUUAAUACUAUCAUUCUCAUUAUCAUA